AUGGCCGCGCAUUCGACACUCCGUCCGAGCAAUCUUUCUGAGCAUGUUGCGCUCCUGUCGAAGACCUACGUCAAGCACCGGCCGGUGGUACAGAAGCUGCUUACCCUUGGAUUUGUAGUUUAUGUGCUUGGUUCCACAUAUACGAGUCUAUCUGGGAAGCCAUCGUACUCUAAGAAAGGCAAGGAGAAGGCAAAGGAGGCCGCCGAAACCGCGGAGAAGGAUCGUAGUUCGGGCAAGCCACCUCGGGUAGCAGUUGAUGCGUUAUUCUACCAACGCUUGUCUACUAUCCUACGCAUCGUAAUCCCCGGAAUACGCUCGAAAGAAGCUAUGCUACUUGUGAUGCACUCCAGCCUUCUGAUCUUCAGGACGGCGAUAUCCCUCUACGUCGCCGCAUUGGAUGGGAGAAUUGUAGCUAGUCUAGUUCGAGCCCAACCAUUGCAGUUCUUCCUCAAUAUCCUCAAAUGGCUGAUUGUUGCCAUCCCCGCGACAUGGACCAAUAGCUGGCUCACCUAUGUACAGAGCAAGCUAGCCAUUGCUUACCGUACCCGCCUGACGCAAGAGGUCAUGGGUCAAUACUUCGGUGACAGGAAGGAAGGCCCCGACGGCAAGGUGUAUUACAAGCUAUCGAACCUUGAUGACCGCAUAAAAAAUCCCGACCAGAUGAUCACCAACGAUAUACAACGAUUUUCCACGCAUCUGGCCGCCAUCUAUUCUAAUCUUGCGAAACCAAUACUUGACGUGAUCCUCUAUAAUUACCAACUAUCUCAGAAUGUCGGUGCCGAAGGCCUGGUUGUUUUGACCCUCUUGGUACAGAGCACAGCUGCCCUACUUCGAUACAUUACUCCUCCAUUCGGGAUGUAUACGGCGCUUUCCGCUCAACUCUCUGGGAACCUCCGUCACAGUCACUCUCGACUGGCAGAGUUCGCCGAAGAAAUUGCGUUCUUUGGCGGCGAACAGACAGAGAAGAUGCUCAUUGAGCGUGAUUUCGCGACGGUGAUAAAGCACGAAAACAGAGUGUUACAACGGAGAUGGUGGUUUGGGUGCCUUGAGGAAGGGGUAAUCAAGUGGCUGUGGGGAAGCUUUGGGCUUGUGCUGUGUGCUAUACCAGUAUUCUUCAAGGUACCCGGUGUGUCAAGCAUCGACUUGGGCAGUCGCACAGAAGGCUUUGUCACCAACAGACGACUAUUGCUCUCCGCUUCAGAUGCAUUCGGACGCGUGAUGUAUUCAUACAAGGAUUUGUCUGAGCUUGCGGGCUACACGGCUCGUGUAUCGCAACUGCUGGACACAAUGAAGGACGUCAAACAAGGCAAAUUUGACAAAAGUCUUGUGAGCACGGCAACGACUGGAGAAAAUGCAGAAAUCCUCCGUGGGCGUGGUCAAGUCAUUGAGUCAGAGGACAUACAAUUCGAGAAUGUUCCUAUCGUUACGCCGAACGGAGACGUGUUAGUGCGGCACUUGAGCUUCCACAUCAAACAUGGCCAACACCUACUGAUCGUUGGUCCGAACGGUUGUGGGAAGUCCUCACUUUUCCGUAUCUUGGGUGGGCUGUGGCCAGUAUAUGGCGGUAUCGUCAGAAAGCCACGGGCAUCAGAAUUCAUUCUAAUCCCUCAACGGCCGUACUUGUCCCUCGGAACUCUAAGGGACCAAGUCAUCUACCCGCAUUCUCAGGCUGAGAUGGAAUCCAGGGGCAUCACAGAUGCUGACUUACUCCGUAUACUCUCUGUAGUGCAAAUGGAUCAUAUCGUUGAGCGGGAAGGGGGAUGGGAUGCUGCUAAAGAAUGGAGAGAUGCGUUGAGUGGUGGGGAUAAGCAGAAGAUCGCGUGGGCGAGGCUAUUUUAUCACCAUCCAAAGUAUGCCGUUCUGGACGAAGCGACGUCUCUUGUACCGCCCGACGUGGAAGGAAUGAUGAUGGACCAUGCAACCGCGCUUGGGAUCACAUUGCUGACCGUCUCCCAUCGACCUUCCCUUUGGAAGUACCAUGCUAUGAUUCUGCACUAUGAUGGCCAAGGAGGUUAUGUUUUUACCAAAUUAGAUGCGGAGAAACGCCUGGCUCUCCAAGAAGAGAAACAAGCUCUGGAGGCGAAAUUACUUGAAGUGCCCAAGAUGAAGGCACGAUUGGAAGAGCUCCGCGCAUUGGCGGAAGACCGUGAUUCUCAUCGUUGGUAA